ACGACCAAACUGAAAUUCCCCUAACCAUCCCCACUCAUUAUCCACUUAACCUCUACAUACAUUGUACAGAGGUAUCCUCGUAAAGCACGAAAGAAAAAGGCGCUUGGAAGCUGGAAAGAUACGUUGUCUGUCCGCAAUCGGAGGACGCGAUUCUUCAAGUGGUUAUUUUGGCAUAAGAUCAGACCUUCUCCAUCACCAUGUCAGUGAAGUCGGACGGGAAGAGGAAGUGGGCGGCGGUGAGGGCCCAUCUGGGCUCCUCCCAGGACUCAGACACCCAGCUGGAGGCCAACCUGGAGAGUGCCGACCCAGAGCUGUGCAUCCGCAUGCUCCAGGUGCCCAGUGUGGUCAACUACUCUGGGCUGAAGCGUCGUCUGGAGGGCAGCGAGGAGUCCUGGAUGGUCCAGUUCCUGGAGCUGAGUGGGCUGGACCUGCUGCUGGAGGCCCUGGACAGGCUAUCUGGGAGGGGCUGCUCCCGCAUCACAGAUGCCCUGCUGCAGCUUACCUGUGUCAGCUGUGUCCGCGCCAUCAUGAACUCCUCGGCUGGGAUCCACUUUAUCGUGGAGAAUGAGGGCUACAUCCGCAAACUCUCCCAAGCCUUGGACACGUCCAAUACCAUGGUGAAGAAGCAGGUGUUUGAGCUGCUUGCUGCCCUGAGCAUGUUCUCCUCUGAUGGGUACCGUCUCGCCCUGGAUGCCCUGGACCAUUACAAGGGUGUGAAGACCCAGCUGUAUCGCUUCAGUGUGAUCAUGAACGAGCUGCAGGCCACAGACAACGUGCCCUACAUGGUCACCCUCCUCAGUGUCAUCAACGCCAUCAUCUUUGGGAAAGACGACCUGCAACAGAGAGACAAGAUGCGCAAGGAGUUUAUUGGAUUACAAUUACUUGAUAUACUGCCCAAAUUGAGAGAUGAGGAGGAUGAGGACUUGAUCAUUCAGUGUGAGGUGUUUGAAGAGGCCAUGUCUGAGGAUGAGGAGGAGCUGCUGAGGGUCUAUGGAGGCAUAGACGUGAGCAGUCACCAGGAGGUGUUCAUCACCCUCUUCAACAAAGUGAGCAGCUCUCCGUCGUCCCGCCAGCUGCUGUCCAUCCUACAAGCCCUGCUGCUGCUGGGGCCCGAGAGGGCUGACAUCUGGCAAGCCCUGGAGGCCAUCACUAACCGGGCCAUUCUGCUGGAUCAAGACUCUCAUAUGGACUCUUGUGAGAUUAUUAUGCAACGCCUGGUGUUCUCCAAGCGCAGGACAGCUGGUGUCGAUGCUGUGGAUGGUCUGCCACCCAAGAAGAUUGAUAAGGCUGUUCAGACCGACAUGGUGGACGAUGACCAAGAAAGACUGACCAAAUGCUCCACAAAAGUGUCCUCUCCUCCACUACCCCCUCCACCUUUCCUAUAUCCCAAUAUGAUGGGACCAGGUCCCAUUCAGUGCCCUCCUCCACCCCCCACUCCACCAUUACAACACAUUGGAGGUGGAGUACCCCCACCACCAACUCCUCUACUAGGGAUGCAGGUGCCCCCAGGGUGCCCUCCUCCACCCCCACCUCCCCCACCAGGAAUGGGCGGUGGAGGACCUCCACUACCCCCACCCUUGCCCGGUAUGCCAGGCCUGCCUCCUCCACCACCACCUCCCCCUGGCAUAGGUGGCAUUGUGGUGGCCCAGAGUAGCCAGUCCCUGGGGUGUGCCUCUGCUGCUGCCUCCAAGGCAGGCCGUUGCCCCACCCUGAGGAUGAAGAAGCUCAACUGGCAGAAACUCAGAGCUGUCACUGAUGGUCAUUCCAUGUGGACUUCAGCUCAGAAAGACACUCCUCUGGAGCCCAACUACUCCAGCAUUGAACAGCUGUUCUGUCUCCCAGUGACCGAACACAAAGACAAGGGGGCAGCUGCUCCUGUCAAAAAGGAGCCUAAAGAGAUCUCCUUUAUUGAUGCAAAGAAGAACUUGAAUUUGAACAUAUUUCUCAAGCAAUUCAAAUGCUCUCAUGAUGAGUUUGUGGUGUUGAUUCAGAGUGGGGAUCGCUCUAAGUUCGAUGUGGAGGUCUUGAAGCAGCUUAUUAAACUCUUACCUGAGAAACAUGAGAUAGAUAACCUGAAAUCCUUCCUGGGAGAAAAAUUAAAGUUGGCCAAUGUAGACCGAUUCUACAUCACUCUCCUGGCUGUACCAUGUUACGAGCUGAGGAUAGACUGUAUGUUGCUGUGUGAGGAGACCACCUCAGUACUGGACAUGCUCAAGCCCAAAGCAGAGGUGGUUGAAUCAGCAUGCCAGUGUCUCAGAAUGAGCAGUCUCAUGCCUAGUUUCUGCAGGCUCAUCCUUGAUGUGGGAAACUUCCUCAACUAUGGAAGUCACACAGGGAACGCUGAGGGCUUUAAGAUCAGCUCUCUGCUGAAGCUGACUGAGACUAAGGCCAACAAGAGCCGCAUUACCCUGCUCCAUCACAUUCUGGAGGAGGCAGAGCUGAACCACCCAGAGCUGUUGAACCUUCCUGACGACAUUGAGAUUUGUGAAAAGGCAGCUGGAGUCAACCUUGACUCCAUUCAGGCAGAAGCCAGUGCCUUACUAAAACGACUGAAAGAAGCGGCAAAGAAAGUCACCAACUCUGUGGACGAUGUAAAGGAGCAGUUUGAAAAGGUCAUUGAGGAAAACCUGGGGGCCUGCCUGGAUUUGGAAAAGCGGUUUGCAGAGAUUGUGAGGAAGAAGGGUGACCUGGCCCUCUACCUGUGUGAGGAUGCAAACCAACUCUCCCUGGAAGAGCUCUUUGGCACCAUUAAGACCUUCAGGGGGCUUUUCAUCAAAGCCUUAAAGGAAAACAAGAGCAGAAAAGAGCAGGCUGUGAAGGCGGAGAAAAGGAAGAAGCAGCUUGAGGAGGAGGAAUCCAAGAGACAGAAGGGGGAGAACGGAAAAAUAAUCCGGAAAGGACCCCCACCACAGGACGAUGGCUGUAUUAUCGACCACCUCCUUAAUGAUAUCCGGAAAGGCUUUCAUCUCAGGAAGACCCGGCCCAGGUGCGAAACGGAUAGCCCCCUCUCUUGUGAAAUGAAUAGGGAUACGGGCCAGCCUGGAUCAAGUGUCAAGCCUGUAAAAGAAGAUGUCGAAGCCUCCAGCACUCCCAUUCCCACCCAACCCCAGGCAGAGGAGAGGGCAGCAAGAGAAGGAGUGAACGGAUGCCCCAGCAAACCCAAAGAAAAAUACCCAAAAGAAACAGCUUUGGCAAAGACUAACCGGCUCCCAGCUGAACUCCAGGGUGGAGGGGAGCCUCUGCCAAGCCUCCCCACAGACAAUUCGCCACCUCCGGCGAUACUAGGAAUGGAUGUCCUAAAUAACACCCCAAGCCACUCUACCUUCACAGACCUGGCUGAAAUCAACCAGAAUGUCAACAGUGGCCUGGUGACAGAGGACUUGAUGCCUGAGUGCUCACAGAGCAAUGGAGAGGGUCAACUUAAUGGAGCCUGCACACUGGCUGUCGCUGAUAUGGACAUGAUUAUAGAGAAAAAGCUGAUGGGAAAAACCAUUGGCCAAGAUGAUGUUGAAGGUGAGAGCAGCAGCAUGAUGGUAAAGACUCUUAGACCAGAUGAGACUGGGGAUGACACGAUGGUGAAGAUGGUGGCACAGGAUGACGGUGUAACUAACAGACACCGAGACACCAAUGGCAACAAGUGUUUGGUCAGUGCGGUGCAAAGCGUUCUGGCUUACGAUGUGCACGAUGGAGUGGACUCUAAAGAUCUGCUCUCAUUGGUAUCCGAAGCUCUGCCUUUUAAGUCGGGACCCCUAACACCAGAGGAUAAAAAACAGCAGAAGCUCUUUAGAAGAAACAAAAAUAAGAGUAAUGAAGGUAAUGUAUUCAUUCAUUCUAAUAAAGAUGUUUGGAACUGUGGUCUCCUGACGUGUAUGAAAGGGAGAUGUUGUCCCCUUUUUUUAUGUGGUUUUAUUGCAUUUUACAUUUUAUAUAGUGUCUGAUCAUUUGGUGCUGUUUUUAAAACCUAAGUUUUAGCAUGAAUGUACUGUUUUUGGAAACCGAUCUUAAAAGCCUCCCAUUUACAUCGCAUUGACUCCUUUCAUGAUCAUCAUGUAGUUUGUUUUUCGUGUUUUUUUCUUUGACUCUCUAAAGCACAAGGUAACACUGGAAAGGGACACCCUAAAUGUAAAAAGGGGUGUGUGUUGCAGUGAGGUAGGUCAAACGACUGGAUGGAAAACUAACUGGUGCAAGCGGGAACAUUUAACCCAUCAGCACCAAGCCAUGAUUUCAAUUAACAGACGUGCGUCGGUCUAACCGGGAUCUGGUUUAAUCUGAUUGUGUCUUGUCCUGCUAUUAACACUGUCCUCUUCAGUAAAAAUCUAUAAAAUCCCUGGUAAUCAAAUUGUAAUAACUCAAGAUAAACCACUUUGUCUGGCAUCUUGGCUGCUACUUUAUGCCCUGUUGUCAGCCUGAAUCUUGUAUCUUGACAAGACUUAAGCUCAAACUGACACCUCAUAAACGCCACAGUUGAACAUUUAUAAUUUACACACUUCGAUGUCAUACCUCAGCGGGAAGACCUUGCUUAGCACUUCUGCUCUGUGUGUAAUUUUUUUGAAGGAGUUUUUCUGUCUUUGUGUUUCCUGUACCUCCGUACCCAUAUGUUGUUAAACUGCCCAACCUCACAACAACCUAAACAGCUAUAUGGAUUAUUUAACCUACUAACACAAUUACUUUUUUUGUGCUUCUUGUAAACUGUGUCCUUUUGUAAGUCUGUCUUUUCUGAAAGAUGUUUUAAUUUAAAUUAAUUUAGUGCUUUAAUGAUCUAGAGACUGAUGCAACCAGUAGCACUAUAUGAUUAUUUUGGAAAUGAAAUGGCAUAAGAAACAUAAUAAAAGUCCAUUCUCACCCCU